UAAAACUUCAGAAUAACUAAUCUUAAUAAGGGCGCCCCCACUGUCAAUUACCCGCGCCCUGCGCCCUUAUUAGGUCAAAAUACGGUAUUAAACUCAUUUAUUUGUACUGAUAAAGUUCAUUUUUGAAUGACUUCAUAAAAUAUAAUAUACAAAUAUAACUGGAACUGUUAACAUAUGGAAUACUAUAAUUAGGCAUGAACUAUGUUUAAAACUCUAGUUACUGUUAAAGUAUAGCGUCUGCUCUAUUGAUAAAGGAAAUGGCUGAGGAGCCACAGGACCCUCCAGAGGAGAGGAAAGAAGAAGACGGACAGGAUGAUACUUCUGGAUUUUCAGCUCAGGAUAAUAAAUCAGAGGAAAAAGAGGAUGAGGAGAUGGAGGAGAAUGAUCUGUCAGCUAACGAGUAUCAGGGACAGUCAGUACAUGGAAUAGACAAUGUGAGCAGAGUGAACAGGCCCAGAGUCAGGCCGGGGAGAGUCAGAACGACCAGCAACAGAGUGACAAUAUUGGCACCACAGCUACAGAACAACUUGAAGGUCAUGAAGGUGAUAGUUCAUCAAAGGUCACUCACGGAUCAUCCCAACAGGACAACAAAAAGAUCUGUCAUCUAUUUUCAUAACAUGGCCGCUGUUUUAAACAAGAUGCCAUUUGGACGUAUCAUUGAUAUCUGCUUUGUACUUCAUUAAGGUACAAAAACUACAAGCUUCAGUAAUCUUAAUCCAUAGGUUGUGCCACAUAGAUCACAUGUCACUAGUAAAUGAUUGCUUUGGUGAUGCAUAUUAUAUCUUGGUGAGCGUUUUUCAGGUGAUAGAGAUGAAUUUGAUAUGUUGUUAUUGUGUAAGCAAACUCAGUGCUUGAUUAGGCAAAGUGACACAAUCAGGAUGUCUAUCACAAGGUCAUGUCUGGUAAUUAACACAAGCAGGAUGUUUUUCACGACAUCAUGUCGACGCGGGUGGCUACCAAGAUCAUGUAUCCCUGGAGUUGCUAUCAGAGGUUGCAACUUCCACUAGAACCAGGCUAUUUGGCGGAAGGUUCAGGAAGUUGGUCUCCAGAUUGACUACAUACAGAAGACUGAGGCCUACACCGCAGUAAGACAGGUCAUGGCACUUCCAUUUGUCCCGUGGAUGAGGUGGAGCACUGUUUCAUUGCUGUCUUUGGACCAAGUGUUCAACUACAUUCAGAGGAAGCCAAGAAUCUGCCACUGUAGAUCCAGAUUGUUGAGGAAGGCACACUGGCCAAACUUCAACACUGUUCCACUCGGGAAUUUCAGGGAGGGGUUUUCCGUGUGGAGCAUGUUCGAGGCGGAGAUCAUCUCAUCCAUGUCCUUGCUCCACAGUGUGGGAAGGAUCAACGGACCAGUCAUGUAAAGUUAUACAUAGAAUAGAGAAUGGACGUUUGUUCUUGUGUGUAUUAGGACUUUAGUGACUUCAUGUGUCUUUAUGUACCUAUCAUUAUUGUUAUUAUUAAAAGAAAAAUUCAAAAAAUGAAUAAAUAAAUUUAAAAAAUAUAUAAAUAUGUAUAAAAUGCCUCUCAACUGAUGAAGCCCAGGCAUAUUAUUUAUUACUGAGGGCAGAAACUCAAUUGGCAUAUACCGUACUAUUAUUCAAUAUUAUUCUUAAUUAAUUACCGAUAUUUAUUAGAAAUUUUCCUUUUUGAAACUCUUGAAAAUGAUAAUAAUAAUAAUAAUUUUUAAAGUCAACAUGGUAUAAAAAUAAUUUAUAUAUACAUGUAUAUGCCAAUUGGGUC